AUGGGCAUAACCGAGGCCACUGAUAAAAUAGCUUUGGCAGUAUUUGAGCUUGAUGAUGAGUCUGACCACUGGUGGGAGUUAAUCAAGAACACUCGUGAUGUAGUGAGGCUAUCAUGGAACCAGUUCAGGGAACUGUUCCUAAAUAAAUAUUUUCCAAAUACGGUCCGUCGAGAGCGAGUCAAGGAAUUCCAAAACCUGGAACAAGGAAACAUGACCGUGACCCAGUAUGCUGCAAAAUUUGAAGAACUAGCCCGUUACGCAACUAGAUAUGUAGCAAAUGAUGAAGAGAAGGCAAGGAUGUUUGAGUGGGGGUUGGACCUUACAAUAAGGGGAAGAGUUAUUCCGCAACGACUCCCCACAUUUGCUGAGGUGCUGGAUACGGCAUUAGAGUCUGAGAGGGAAGUAACAGACGCUAGAAAGGCUUGGAACAAGAGGAGAGGGAGUCAGACGUACCAAGGAGGAGGUUCCGGAGCAAAUGCCCAGGCAUUAGGUGGGCAGAAGCCUUGGACGAACAAGACAGGAUCGACUGGACUGCAGCACCAGAAGAAUGGGGGAACUCAAAACACCAAGACCAGUGGCAACCAGAAGGCAACCGGCAGAGUCUUUGCCUUGCAAGAGGAAGAAGCAGACCCGUCUGUUAUUGAGGAAACUGCCUUAAAUGUAAUGGCACCUAUGGGAGGAAGCAUUCAGAUAGGAUUGAUCUGUAAGGACUGUAAGAUAGGAAUGUCAAACCUACACUUAACGUGCGACCUUUGUGUCAUGGAAAUGUCAGACUUCGAUAUUAUUUUGGGCAUAGACUGGUUCUCUGCCCAACGAGUAGUGAUCAACUGUCAUCAGAGGAAAGUGGUAGCUCACACACAAGAUGGAACUCGUUUCCAGUUUAAGGGGGAUAGACAAGACCCCAUGGCUUCAACAAAACAUAGGACACAGUGGUGGGAUCAAAUUGCGAGUAGGAUAGCAAGUCUGAUUUUGAAUGAGGAAGGCCAAGGAGAAUUAGAACUUCCGCGCAUAGUAUGUGAAUAUGCAGAUGUAUUUUCUACGGAGUUAACGGGAUUGCCACCAACCCGGGAAGUAGAUUUGCACAUCGAGCUACAACCUGGAACCACCCCAAUAUCUAUGGCCCCGUAUCGUAUGGCACCAGCAGAAUUACGAGAAUUGAAGACACAACUAUAG